GAGAAAAGUGACUUGAGAGAGACUUGAAACACAAAGCAAACCAACAGGUAAACUGACACACAGAUGGUCAACUUUAGUCAGAGGCCUAACCCACUAUCUGUAUCCCCGGAAACAAUGUACGUAGAUGAUGUUACGCAAUCAUCGCGCAUGCGCAGAAAGUCCUGCCCUGACCAGGAAGGAGUAUCUUCAUUCAGAGACCUCGUUAUCCUUCCCACAGUGAGUCCUUUAUCGCCUCAGAGACUUCAUCACACAAGCAUCUGACAUCAGCUUGUCUCACUCCUCUGUAGCAAACCUGACAUCAACUGUCAUGAGUGGGUCGUGCGGUCUGGUGCCGGUCAUCCUGGUCCUGAUUGUCGCCGUAACAGGGACACAGGCACAAUGUACCGACCCAGAAUUAAAUACAUUGUUUAAAUGUAUUACUCCUUACAAUGACAAGUUCAACAAGACUUUUGGAACUGGAGGCUCAUGCAACAAUACUAUUAUACGUGUAUCUGCAGACGUGUGCAAGGAUUUCGCCUCCAUUGUGAACUGUACCAACCAGCUAGACGUAUCCAGAACAUCAUGUCGACCACACGCUGUGGAACAGAUCGACCAACAUUUGUUUAUUCCUUGUAAAGUGAACGACUUUAAACAAUCGUGCCCCAACGCUCCAGCAAUUGACGUUGGCGGAGCUUCAGGUGUUAACAUCUCGCUGUGGCUGCUGGGAGUGGUCAUUAUUGUGUCCCUGAUAACGCAUAUGUAGCUGUCACCGCGGGGAAGAAAAGUGCAGGACCUGGAUGUGACAAAAAAAGCAAGCAAAACAAAAAGAAGCGUUACUUCACUUUUUCUAUUUAAAGGAACAUAUAUACUUUCCUACACAAAGACAAAGGGAUACAAUAUCCCAAUAAAUACUACGAACUAAUUUUGAUAAUAAAUAACCCUACAUAUAAUAAAUAAAAUAACAGACACUCAAGUAAGAA